GUCAAAAUCCAGCGGAAGCGUCAGUUGCUUACAAUCAGAUUGGAUGCGUAGGAAACCCAUCUAAAUCGCGAGCUCACAUUCAUGUUACUGCUGCUGCCGUAGUGGUGCUACGAGAUCCGUGUGCCGUUGUGGUGCCGCCGUGUUACCGUUGUUCUCGCUACCAGUGCAAUAAUCGCUCCCGAAGUGCAAUAUUCUAGUUUGAAAAGAAGAAUUUACCAACGAUCGGGAUAAAAAGAUAAGAAACAAUUGUAGCGCGCGCGUGUGUGCUCCCAUUGCCGUACGGUUUUCUUUUUAAUUUUCUUUCGUUCGGUGUAUUUGUGUGUCCCAGUGUUGCUUGUUGCUUUUUUGGCGAAGACAAUCCCACCCCAAUCGCAUCUUGCCUGUGUUCUGCCGUUCCACGACGCCGCACCAAGUGCAAAAGAAUCUGCUUCAAGCGGAUUGGCAGCGAAUCCCAGCAACACUGCAACAAAUAUCAUCGUCAACGAAUGCUUGAAACCACCGUGGUCCUGACUGAACACCUCCGAAACCCUUAACAACGUGAAGCUAUAGCAUUCAGCGGCAUUCAAGCGCUGCCCGAGAGCCAAAUAUCCCGUUCCCGCAUCGCCACAUCGCUGAUCGUAUUAUAGCCGCCACGUCACAAACCCGCACAUACUCACAGAAAUGGCCUUAAUUAUGAAAUACAUUGACAGUAUGCAUCACUACAUGGACAAAUACGGAGACCCCCGGACGAAAGAUUGGCCACUGAUGUCGUCGCCGCUCCCAACCCUAGCACUAUGUUUAGGAUAUGUGUACUUAGUCAAAGUCCUGGGUCCAAGGCUAAUGGAAAACCGCAAACCCUUCCAGCUCAAAAACACCCUCAUAGUGUACAACUUCGUUCAAGUCGUGUUCAGUGCCUGGUUAUUCUAUGAGAUUGGUGUAUCGGGUUGGCUAACGGGACAUUAUAACUUCCGAUGCCAGCCAGUCGACUAUAGUAACCACCCCAAAACGCUGCGGAUGGUGCAUGCCUGCUGGUGGUACUACUUCUCAAAAUUCACCGAAUUCUUUGACACGUUGUUCUUUGUGAUGCGCAAAAAGAGUAGUCAAGUGUCUACACUGCACGUCAUUCACCACGGAUGUAUGCCAAUGUCGGUGUGGUUCGGUGUUAAGUUCACUCCAGGCGGUCACAGCACAUUCUUCGGCCUUUUGAACACGUUCGUACACAUAGUGAUGUAUACGUACUAUCUGUUUACUGCCCUCGGACCGCAAUUCCAGAAAUAUUUGUGGUGGAAGAAAUAUCUAACCGCCCUUCAAAUGGUCCAGUUCGUCCUGAUUAUGGUACACGCUUUCCAGCUGCUGUUUAUCGACUGCAACUACCCGAAAGCUUUCGUCUGGUGGAUCGGAAUGCAUGCUGUGAUGUUCUUCUUCCUGUUCAACGAGUUCUACCAGUCCACAUACAAAGCCCAAAUGCGGAAGAGGGACGCGGCUGCCGCUGCCAAGAAACGGGAAGCUGAACUACUCCUGCAACAGCAGCAACAACAAAAUGGCCACGUGGCCAACGGCAGCGCCAACGGUACGCUCAGCAAUGGCACCGGCAACAAGGCAGCCGAUUACUACGUACGCGGGGACGUACCAGCCGAGAUGGAACUAACGCAACGGUCUUCAACGAAUACGCACACGGCAGCCCAAUAAUAGCGGGAUACGGCAGACCGGAUUCGGUUCUUGUAAUUAAUUAUUAAUUUAUUGUAAAAUUGUCCCGGAACCCGCGAAUGUGUGUGUGUGUGUUUGGGUGUGCGUGCGAGCACGUGUGUGUAGGGUAUCGUAGAUGCCACCGGGUAAUAGCAUCCCAAGUCAAUCGGUUAAUCGCAUCCCAAGGCCUCUCCCUUUCCUUACACUCAUCCCCAAUCCACGCAUAAUUUUGCAGCUCUCCAACCAUUGCCCGGUCUGAUGUAUCUUUUCAGUACAGGCUCUGGUACGCUCCUACUGCUUUUGAAUUAAUACAGUACGCCACGUACACCGAGAUGGAUAUAGUAGCUUGUUUUUUAAAGUAUCAUUUUAAUUCUCCCUUACUACUACUACUACUACUACUAUUACCGUGGAAUGCCGAGGCACACAUACAAAACAGCACACACGUCGUCGCAGAGCAGCAAAUCUAACUAAAAGCAUUCAAUCUGACGAAGGCUGCUUAGGGCAAGGUUAGUUACGGCAUGUUACGCCUUCGGGUCUGUUUAGGAUUUCAUGCAAGCAGAAGUAUGUCUCUUUGGACAUACAUACAUAUAAAAUGGAGAUUAAGAGGCAGGCAGGCAGCUUUACCCCCUUUUGUCUUUUUUAAGUUUAGUAAGAAAGCUACAUUGGUGUGUUUUUGCAUAGUGAUGAUUUAUUUCGAAGCAAACAUAUUAAAAAAUACAAACAAAACACAAGAAACAAAUGCAAGCAAUCGAACGGGGCAAGCUUAGCGGACCGAGUUGUGUACAGAAUACAAGCGACAAAUGUAUAGCCGUAGGUGCAACGAUGGUGCAGCAAUCAGGAAGGUAUAUAAAGCAAGUUGAACUGAACGUGUGACAAGUGCAAUGGUACAUAGCGUUAAAAAGGGUUAGUAGAAUGGGUACGAAAGCAAAACAAAAAGCGGUCGAAUAAAAUCAAGGAUAUAAUUGAUAGGAAAAGAGUUCGAGCAAAACUAUCGAUGUUUAUGUGCGUUGGAACGUAUGUGUGUUUGUGUAUGUGUGUGAGAGAGAGAGAGAGAGAGAGAGAGAGAGAGAGAGAGAGAGAGAGAGAGAGAGAGAGAAUAUGAUUAGCGCAUUGCAGCGACUUUGCGUAUUCAUUCAGCAGGUCGAUUGUGAAAUGCAGCAGUAAACUACACUACGAUCCACAGAUGUUUGUCGAACAUGAUGAUGCUGCGCAUUGA